GAGAAAUUGUUAUCAUGAUUUGCAGACUUUGAAGUUUGUUGUGCAUAUUUUGAACACUGUCGAUACAAGGUCAACUAUGCCGAAGUACUAUUGUGAUUACUGUGAUACCUAUUUAACACAUGAUUCCCCAUCCGUCAGAAAAACGCACUGUGGUGGUAGAAAUCAUAAGGAUAAUGUAAAAGAGUAUUAUCAAAAAUGGCUGGAGGAACAAGUACAAAGACUAGUAGAUCAUACAUCUGAAGCAUACAAGCAGGGAAAAAUGCCACCACCAUUAUUUGGCGCUGCAGCAGGAAUACCACCUCCUGGGCUCGGUUACCCUCCCCGCUAUCCUCCCAUGAUUGGUGUUCCAGCUGGUUUCAGACCACCUCAUCCACUAGUUCCUCCACAGGGCAUGAUCAUUCCACCAAGACCACAGAUCCCAUGGCCCCAACCAGGAAUUGCAGUCCCACCAACAUACGCUGUACCACCGCAAUAAAAACAACGAUCGUUCUCUGUUUUAAUAUAUACAGUCAAUAUAUAAUCAUCUAAAACUUAGUUGUUUUUUGAAAAAGAUAUUUUAUUGAUCAGUUUUUGGUAAAGUUUUCUCAUCUAUUCCAUUAAGGACGGGGAAUUUAUGAUUUUCUAUGAUUUACCUUUUUCGAGGAAUCCUUUCCGUAUGAAUAGUAUCACAAUUUCCCUCCUUAUCUGUUCUGAUAAAAUGGAUCAUGUAACUAGUAUGCACUUGUUAAUACUUUAUGGGGCGAAUAUACAUUGUUGUUUGGAAACCAAAAUCUAUUUUGCGCCUCAUAAUAUAAAUUUUGAAACCCCUUCGUGCUUGUAUUCCG